AUGAUCCGUGACAUUGUCGUCUUCGGCUGUGGAGACGCAGAUGCUUAUGGUCUUCCGCCGUCAUAUGGCAUCGAGAUGGGCCGCUGUUUCGAACACCUCAUUGCUGGAGGCAUUCGAUAUGUGUCGACAUGUAUGCCCUCGAUGGCAAGUAUCAGGUACGAUCGCCUCCAUAUGACUGACCUGCCCAUUAAUCGAACCCUCAUGAUCAAAUUCUUAAGGUCAAUGAUCAGGGCGCAUCUGAUUGUCAUGCAGAUUGAAGAAUUGGAACCUGUGUUGAGGCAGAAGGCAUCAUUGCUUGAUCCUGACCCAGAAGAACGCAUGAAGAUUGUGUACCAGUACCCCAAUCUGGCACAGUUCAAGUUCGCCCUUUCCAAGACGACCCAGGUUCGGGAGGCUCUCAAUCCUGUGGCACUUCCUGUUUCUCUCGCACAAGAAGCCCAAACUGCAGAUGAGCAGAUCAUGGACUACAUGGCCGAGUUGAACGAAGACGAUUUUGACGACGCAGCAGAUGCCGAUUGGUCACCGGUACGCAGUGAAGCUACCGACAAAAUCCCAGGAAUUGACGAGUGGGAGACCAUCGACGACACUCGCCCCGACAUUGUUCACAACGUUUUUGACCGAGAAGACAAUGUCGAGGGUCACACCGAGGUGGACUAUGGGGCCGACCAUGAUGAUGGAAUUGAAGUCGUUGAUGAGUUCCCCGAGGCCGUCUUGAUUCCGGAUGACGCCAUGGACGUGGACAAGAACGUGGCCGAGACCAAGGACGAUGCCGACGCUCUGGGCGAUGUCAUGGUGAUUGAAGAGCCAGAGACCGGCUGCCCUGAGGUUGAGGUCACGACUGAAGAGUCCAAGGCGCCUGAGAUUGAGGCUCCGACUGGGAUGAUCGAUGAUGCUGCGAAGCUCAAGUUGGAACAGGCGAAGGACGAGGGAGAUGAUGUCAUUCAGGCCCUCACCCAGUCCAAGCGCGGCAGAGGAAUGGACUUGCUCUUCGAGCAGUGGUCGAACUUUCUGACAGGAGUCAUUCGUGACAUGGAAGCUGCCGAUGGCAUUGAGCCCGAGGAGAUGAAGAACUACUUGUUUGGAUUCUAUGCGGCGGUCUCCAACUCUGAGGUCAUCGAAGGACGUGGGAAGGGGAGGGGCCAGAAUCGGGGAAAAGGAAAGGGUCGCCACCCGGGAGGGAAGGCCGGUGUCAUCACUCAGAUGAAGAUUGACAAUCUGAAAAUUCAAGAUUGUGUCACCACCCAGAAAACGACAAUUCCCUUCAGAAAGUGUGACAAGUGCGACCACAACAUGCUUGAUGGAACUGCCAAGUGUCCUUCCUGCUACGUGUCGAUGGAGGCAUGGAGCGACAAUCGCGUUGCUACAGAAGUUUGCCGGUUGGAAAGCCGUGCCGCUGAGAUUCAUGGUGUCUUUGCCCUCAGUCAAGUCAGCCAGGUGCAACCCAGAAAGCAUCGAGCUGGCUCUGAGGCGCGCCAAAGAAACCGGGCAGGCAGAUCCAACUUUGGUGUCAUGAAGGAUGGCGCAAAGAAGGAGGUCAAGAAGUUGAAGAAGACUGAUAACCACGGUGCUCUCGAUUGGAAUGUGUACACGGACGAGCCCGAAGCAGAGGCAAGUGACGUGACAUUCCCUGCAGCCAUGGGUCCAGUGAGGACGGAAGGGUUGAUCGACAACCCACGCCGCAACUUUGACCCGAGGGUCACUGAGAGGUAUCGCCCGGAAGCCACGACUUGGCGCAUGUCCUCGUACGAUGAGCCCGAGGAAGGCUGCUAUCGUUGUGGAGCCCAAGAUCAUUGGCAAAGGGACUGCCCCUACCGCAGCAUGGGAGCUCAUUGUGGGCGUCGAGAGCAAUGA